ACUGACACCAUGGAGAGGAAGAACCAGAGUGGGAGAGUGAGUGAGUCUGUGUUGCUGGGCUUCCCAGCUCCUGUGCCACUGCGGGCACUAUUAUUUGCCCUUCCUCUGCUGGCCCAUGUGUUGGUGCUGACUGAGAACACACUCAUCAUUAUGGCAAUCAGGAACCACCCCAGCCUCCACAAACCCAUGUACUUCUUUCUGGCCAACAUGUCCUUCCUGGAGAUUUGGUACGUUACCAUCACUAUUCCCAAGAUGCUAGCUGGCUUUGUUGGCUCCAAACAGGGCCAUGGGCAGCUAAUCUCCUUUGAGGGCUGCAUGACGCAGCUCUACUUUUUCCUGGGCCUGGGAUGCACUGAGUGUGUCCUCCUUGCAGUUAUGGCUUAUGAUUGUUAUGUGGCCAUCUGCCGUCCUCUCCACUACCCUGUCAUUGUCAGUGGCCGGCUGUGUGUGCAGCUGGUAGCUGGCUCCUGGGCUGGAGGUUUUGGCAUCUCCAUGGUCAAAGUUUUUCUCAUUUCUCACCUCUCGUACUGUGGCCCCAACAACAUCAACCACUUUUUCUGUGAUGUCUCCCCAUUGCUCAACCUUUCAUGCACUGACACGUCCACAGCAGAGCUUACAGACUUUGUCCUGGCCAUUUUCAUACUGCUGAGGCCACUCUCUGUCACCAGGGCCUCCUAUAUGGCCAUCACCAGUGCUGUGAUGUGCAUUCCCUCAGCUUCUGGGCUCCAUAAAGCCUUUUCCACCUGUGCCUCUCACCUUGUUGUGGUCAUCUUCUAUGCAGUCAGUAUCUUCAUCUAUGCCCGCCCAAAGGCAAUCUCAGCUUUUGACACCGACAAGCUGGUGCCUGUACUCUACGCUGUCAUUGUACCACUGCUCAACCCUAUCAUUUACUGCUUGCGCAACCAAGAGGUAAAGAGAGCCUUACGCCGUACUCUGCGCCUAUACCAGGGCCGUGAUGCUAAGCCUGGGAAAGCUAGCAGAGUUGGGUAG